AUGGCUGCGCCCGAUGAAAACACGCUUCCUCAGAAAGAUGAAGAUCUGGAGGACAUGGAAGCGAGCGAUAGUGAUGAGGAUGAAAUGGAGGAAGAAGGGCAGGCUGAGGGAGGGGAAAGCAAGGUUUAUGUACCCGGUAUUCAGCCACUUCAGCCAGGAGAGGAGCUGGAAAUGGACCGAUCAGCUUACCGCAUGUACCACGAGUGCCAGACAGGUGCACCUUGUCUGAGUUUUGAUGUGGUGUGUGAUGGUCAGGUAGAAGGUAGAGAGACAUUUCCUCUCUCUAUGGUGCUGUGUGCGGGGACCCAAGCAGACACGGCUCUCAGCAACAGAUUGAUUGUCAUGCGCAUGCACAACCUGUUUGGCACCGAAAACCAGCCUGAAAAUGAGGAUGAGGAGGAGAACAGUGAGGAGGAGAGCAGUGAUGAUGAGGAAGAUCUGGAAAAGAAGCCACAGAUGGAGUUGGCUAUGAUGCCACAUUAUGGAGGAGUCAAUAGAGUCAGAGUGACUCAGCGUGGUGAGCAGACGUUGGCUGCAGUCUGGUGUGAGAAGGGUCAGGUGGAGAUUUUUGAUCUUCGAUCGCAGCUGGAGGCCGUUCACAGUUCCGCUGCUAUGGCAGCGUUCAUAAAGCAGAAUAAGGAGGCCACACCCUUGUUCAGUUUUUCAGGUCACAUGUCUGAAGGAUUUGCCAUUGACUGGUCUCCUAAAGAACCAGGCCGCCUUGUAAGUGGGGACUGCAAAAAGAACAUUCACUUGUGGGAACCUCAGGAGGGUGGAACUUCUUGGAAAAUUGACCAGCGACCAUUUAGCUCCCACACCAAGUCAGUGGAGGACCUCCAGUGGUCACCGACUGAAGCUACAGUUUUCGCCUCCUGCUCAGUGGAUCACUCCGUUCGGAUUUGGGACAUUAGGGCUCCACCGAACUCGAUGCUAUCAGCCAACGAGGCACACUCGACAGAUGUUAAUGUCAUCAGCUGGAAUCGGACUGAACCAUUCCUGCUGUCUGGAGGGGAUGAUGGGCUUCUGAAGGUGUGGGACCUACGACAGUUUCAGUCUGGGCGUCCGGUGGCCAGCUUCAAGCAGCACAGUGCCCCUAUAACAUCGGUGGAAUGGAACCCUGUUGACUCCAGCGUGUUUGCAGCCUCUGGGGCAGAUGAUGUAGUCAGCCAAUGGGAUCUCUCGGUGGAGUCAUGUGACGCAGGGGAGCAGGCAGACAGCCUAAAGAAGCUCCCACCACAGCUGCUGUUCUUGCAUCAGGGACAGACAGAGGUGAAGGAGCUCCACUGGCACCCCCAGAUACCAGGCACCCUCGUCUCUACGGCACUGUCAGGAUUCAACAUCUUUAGAACUAUCUCCGUCUGACAAGAACUGCACCUUUCUGCUUUCAAGUUACUUAAUAUUUGAAUUACAGCCUGUGAUUGGUUCAGUUAUCCUCUCACUUCGCUUAAUCAUGGGCAUGUGCACUGCAUAGAGUCCACAUCUGCAUAGACUAACGUCGUUGUUUAUGGACAGCAAAGGAAAAAUGCAGCAGUCAGACUUCAGCCACAUUGCAACAGGUCACUUGAUGAAAAUAGGCUUGUGAAGACUAUACAUCAUUUGAUAGUAUAGUAAAGUAACUCCUUCACACUAUUUUGGUUUCAACACUUAAAAUAAUGAGAAACAGAGACCUGUUUGCCCUCCGUACAGUUUUUAGUCUAGUAUUAUGACAUACAUGCUGUCUUAACUACUUACCUGAAGAUUCGGUGCAUGUUUUGUCCUCACUGAAGGUCUCUCCUCUGUAUUUCUUAGUCAUCUAAUAAACGGAGCUAAAUACAUCUAGAUCCAAUGUUUGUACCCUGCUAAAAAUUAUAAUUCAUGUCCUUCAUCUUCAUGGUCACUAAUAAAGCUCCAUGUUGUUAUACCAAA